AUGUCUCAUUCAAAUGACUAUCGACCGGACAGUGUUGGUGUGUUUAAGCCCUUCUGGCUGUGUUGGCGUCUCCUGGGUGUAUUGGCCUGGCAGAAGAGAGACUUUACCAUAAUCUAUGAUAUUUUCAUGAACGUGUUUAUAAAUCUUUGGUAUCCCGUUCAUUUGACUGUGGGUCUAAUAUUAUUGCCCAUGCACGAUGACAUCUACAAGAAUAUGUCCAUGACAAUAACUUGCAUAGUAUGUACUAUGAAACACUAUUGCAUCAGAUGGAAUUUGAAGAAAAUCUUUGAAAUUAUGAAUUUAUUUGGCAAAUUGGAUGAACGAAUACACAGUUUAGAAGAGCGUAAAUAUUUUACGAAGCACAGCAUGAGGAUAGCCAAACUGUUGGCUAAAAUGUAUUUUUCUGUGUAUAUGGGAGCAAAUGUGGCUGCUUUAAUGGCUGUAUUGUGGGAUGGUGAAAGACGACUGAUGUAUCCAGCCUGGUUUCCUUUCGACUGGAGUUCUUCGUCUGGCUUAUAUUAUUUAGCCAUACUUUAUCAGUUUGCGGGUGUUACCAUUUUAAUAGUAUUGAAUUUUACAAAUGAUGCCAUAGCACCAGUGACGUUGUGUCUAUUCAGUGGCCAGGUUCAUUUGUUGGCAAUGAGAGUGGCCAAGCUGGGUUAUGAUAAGAGAAAAUCAUUAAAGCAGCAUGAAAAUGAAUUGAAAUUGUGUAUAGAGGAUCAUAUUAAAUUAAUAAAUCUGUUUAACCUCAUCGAAGACUCUUUAUCGUAUGUCCAGUUGAUUUUAUUUAUUUCAAGUGGCCUAAAUAUUUGUGUGGUGUUGGUCUAUUUGUUUUUCUAUGUGGACAAUUUGUUGUCCUACAUUUAUUAUACGAUUUUCAUGGCAGCCCUUGGUGUGGAAUUGUUUCCCAUUUAUUAUUUUGGCUCAUUGUUGCAAGAGGAAUUCAAUGACUUACCAUAUGCCAUCUUUUCCAGUAACUGGCCAUUCCAGACAAGAUCUUACCGUCAAAAUGUGGUCAUAUUCACGGAGGUUGCAAUGCGCAAGUUGACCAUGUUAGCUGGCGGUGUUGUGGGUAUUCGAUUGGAUAGUUUUUUUGCCAUUUGCAAAACCGCAUAUUCGUUGUUCGCAGUGGCCACGACGAUUGAUUGA